GAAUCACACGCCAAUUGAAGAAGAUAUAAACUAGCUGCAAAUUUGCACUUACUCAUGAAUUGAACGACUCUACCUCUUGUUGUUUUGUAAAGAUUUCAAAACUAGGAAUACCGUAUUAUACAUCGAGAAUUUUUGAAAAUGAAAAGUGUAGUUGGAAUCAUACUUCUGGCUUUUGCCGUCAACCCUUGGUUUGUAAACUGUGAGGAAAAAAAGGAUGAAAAAGACAAGAAAGAUGUGGGAACUGUGAUUGGAAUUGAUUUGGGAACUACUUAUUCAUGUGUUGGUGUAUUCAAAAAUGGCCGUGUUGAAAUCAUUGCAAAUGACCAGGGUAACCGAAUCACACCUUCAUAUGUGGCAUUUACCCCAGAAGGUGAACGUUUAAUUGGUGAUGGUGCCAAGAACCAACUUACCUCUAACCCAGAGAACACUGUAUUCGAUGCAAAGCGUCUGAUUGGUCGAAACUGGGAUGACCCAUCAGUUCAACAUGAUCUGAAAUUCUUUCCCUUCAAAUUGGUCAAAAAGAACGACAAGCCACAUGUUCAACUUGAUGUUAAAGGAGAAACAAAAGAAUUUGCUGCUGAAGAAAUCAGUGCUAUGGUCUUGAGCAAGAUGAAGGAAACUGGCGGAAGCUUACUUGGGAAAGAAGUGACCCAUGCUGUCGGACUGUACCGCAAGCAUUUCAAUGAUGCAAAGACAGGCAAAAAGGAUGCUGGUGCAAUUGCUGGUCUAACUGUGAUGAGGAUCAUCAACGAGCCUACCGCUGCCGCCAUUGCAUACUUGGAGGAGAAGAAGAAGGAGAGAACAUCUUUGUCUUUGAUCUUGUGGUGGUAAUUUUUGAUGUGCUCACUGUCUGGACGACACAACUAAAUGUUUUCAUCAAACCAUACUGAUGACGACCUAUAUUUUUUCCCAAUAGGAGGUGAAGACUUUGAUCAAAAUGUGAUGGAUUACUUCAUCAAGCUGUACAAGAAGAAGAAAGGCAAGGAUAUUCGCAAAGACAACCGUGCAUUGCAGAAACUCCGUCGGGAAGUCGAGAAAGCAAAGAGAUCACUGAGCGCACAACAUCAAGCCAGGAUAGAAAUUGAAUCAUUUUUCGAAGGCGAGGAUUUCUCGGAAACGCUCACGAGGGCCAAGUUCGAGGAAAUCAACAUGAAAUUAUUCAAAUCAACAUUGGAACCAGUGAAGAAAGUUUUGGAAGAUGCUGACUUGAAGAAGAGUGAUAUUCACGAAAUUGUCUUGGUUGGUGGCUCAACCCGUAUUCCCAAAGUUCAAGAUCUCGUCAAGAAAUUCUUUGAUGGCAAAGAGCCAAGUCGAGGUAUCAAUCCCGACGAAGCCGUUGCGUAUGGAGCCGCAGUUCAAGCUGGUGUUCUCAGCGGAGAGGAAGACGUCGGAGAGGUCGUACUUCUUGAUGUAAACCCACUUACUCUGGGUAUCGAAACUGUUGGUGGCGUGAUGACGAAACUUAUUACCAGAAAUUCUGUUAUUCCCACGAAGAAAUCGCAAAUCUUCUCGACGGCUGCCGAUAAUCAAAACACGGUAACCAUUCAAGUUUUCGAAGGGGAGCGUCCAAUGACGAAAGACAACCAUCUUUUGGGCAAAUUCGAUUUGACUGGUAUACCCCCAGCUCCGCGAGGUACUCCUCAGAUAGAGGUCACGUUUGAAAUAGACGUGAACGGCAUUCUCCGAGUGUCUGCCGAAGACAAGGGCACGGGAAACAAAGAGAAAAUUACGAUUACGAACGAUCAAAACCGACUCACUCCCGAAGAUAUAGAGAAAAUGAUCAACGAUGCCGAAAAGUAUGCGGACGAGGACAAAAAGGUGAAAGAAAAAGUUGAAUCGAGAAACGAACUCGAAAGUUACGCGUAUUCUUUAAAGAAUCAAAUUGGUGAUAAAGAGAAACUCGGCGGUAAGCUUUCGGAGGAUGAUAAGUCGACUGUUUCUAAGGCUGUGGAGGAUGCCAUCAGCUGGUUGGAUAGCAACAAGGAUGCCGAUGCCGAGGACUGUAAAGCCGAGAAAAAGAAACUUGAGGAUAUCGUUCAACCAAUUGUUAGCAAACUAUAUCAGGGCGCCGGGGGUGCACCUCCACCAGGUGGUGAGGGCGCUGCUGGUGGUGAAGAGAAACCAGAAGACAAAGACGAAUUAUAGACAAUUACGCCCGAUGAUGACAAUGAAGUUUGUUCACGAAACUUUGUUGUAAAUUAAGAUUUGAAACUGACAGUGUUUUGGGCAUCAUUCGAGUUUUGUAAAAUGGUUUGUUCGUGUCGCCGCUAAUCAGAAGCUAUAAAGUAUAUUUUUAUGGAUCAUUUACGCGUGGAUUCCAUAAUAUUAACAAAAACACGUUCACACACAUUUUUAUCCCGUUUGCAUGGUCUAGCGUUUGCCAUUUACGGUCGUUGUACUAAUAGACGGUUGUAGAAAUACCAGCUGAUUAAUCUAUUAAAUUGCGCAAAUUUCUAUCGGUUAAGUCUAUAUUUCAUUGUUGAGCUUUUUAAGUGGAGUUUAAUACGUGUGGAAGUGAUUUUCAGUUGUAAUGUAUAAUUUAUUCCCGAGAACAACUCAGCCGAGUGCGAUUAUUUUUCGACAGUAUUAUUAUUUCUUAACAUUUAUAUAGGAUAAAACAGUUUUCUUUUUAGUACGAAAGUCUUGAAAGUUAUACUGCCAUUCCUGUUUGCCUUGUGUCUGAAAGAGUCCAUUUAUUUCCAUAAUCCAUUAAGAAUAAAAAAAUAAAAAUGGAAAAUAAAACAUUUUCUUUUUUAA